AUGUCGACGACCUCCCAAUGCGAUGGCGUCGCCCGGGUCCAUGGAAAGGAGACCCACAAACAUCCUCAUUCCCAAAGAUCAUAUAUCGAGCGCUGUGCAAAGCCUGUAGCUGCUAGACAGGACAUUGUACCCCUCAGCGGUGGUGGUUCCGUCUCAGAAACCAGCACGCGGGUUCAGAGGAGCGCUCAUGACGACAGAGACAAGAGCAGCUCCCUGUUGCCCAUUGUGGUGGUGCCACACGUCGAUGGCCGGUCACCCAUAAAGAGGGCCUCACUACCCGCAGCAUACCCACCUCAAGCACAAGCCACCAGCGGGUCCAGUUUAGCUCGACACGCCACGCCCCGUGAUGUUCCUCGCCCCGAAUCAAUGACUUCACUUUCUUCAAAUCGUACAACAAAGAAAGAGCACGUCCGGAUGUCGCUGCCUGUUGAUUCUCGGCAAUCUCACCAUCGAUAUACACAAUCCGCUCGCUCUCUACCACCCAUCGAUGCCGGGAAGCCAGUCUCAGAGAUGAUAUACUCUUCGUUCGCAAGGCAACCGCCGCCUGUGGUGAACGUGGUAAAUGACGGUGGUCUUUCGUAUGGAUGGGAGGGCAUGCAGCGCGAAGUUGAGCUCCUUCGGAAGGCGGUGCAGGAUAUGCACAAGACUACACGAAAGCAAACCAAGAGAAUCGAAGAACUCAAGGGACAACUGUCUGCGAGUGCACAGGCGCUUAAAGAUAAGGAAGUCGAGGUGACAACCCUCAAGGAGCGUUGUGCCAAAAGCGAAAGGGUUGUCUCUACAGUCGAAGCGUCGGUCCAGUGUCAAAUUUGCAUGGAGUUACCUCUUCGCCCAUUUGCUCUCUCGCCUUGCGGACACGUCCUAUGUCUUGGUUGCUUGCAGGAAUGGUUCAAGACCUCACCUGGAGCUGUGGAUGACGACGACGACGACCACACCGAUUCCAUUCUCCAUCGCGAGAAAACCUGUCCAUGCUGCAGGACGCCAGUCCGGCAUCGACCGUCCCCGAUCUUCAUGGUCAAGGCGGUGGUGUCUGCCCUCCUGAAAGAACGGGAUUCGGGUGAAGGUCCCUCCUCAGAAGACCCGGAUCCUUCGGAAGACGACCCCUGGAAGGGCAUCUUUCCCAACAGCGAUCCAGAGUCCGAUGAAGAUGAUGAAGACGAAGAAGUUGGCGCUUUUUCGGACGAUGAGUUCGACCAAGACGUUCACAGUUGGAUGUUUUCCCUUCAGGAACGGACGGCCGCUCGAUGGGCAUGGUCAAGCGAAAGCGACGAGGAGGAGGAAGAAGAAGGCUCUGGUCGUUACGCCGACUACGACACCAGUUCGGAAGAACAGUUGCCCCAUCCAAGUACCUUUGUCGCUCCGCGCUGGGAACCUGCCUGGAUUCCGAUUGACCCUACGGACUACGACUUCACUGGCAUGGACUAUGAUGCCAGAGAAAGUGUGCUAGCUUUACUUCGACGAGGGUGUUCAUGGGAGAUGAUCCAAAACUUUAACAUGCGAUAUUCACAUUCUCGUGGAAUCGUCGUCCCAUUACACUCCAUUGACGAUCUCUACGCUGCAACAACCAACUUGGACGAGGGAGUGGAUGGCGAAACCGUUUACCACGUGCAUCUUGGUUGGAACAUCACGUUGGACGAAGAAGAUGUUGAUGGAGAGAGGUACAUGCAUAGUGUUCUUUUUGACAUUCAGAAUCGCCCGGAGCGAUGGCGGAUUACGCGGAGACAUGGUGGUUCUGUGGAGGUGCGGAAGCUUGUUCCUGCCACUGAACUUGACGAAUACUACACUACCGAUUCGGAUGACUAUCCUGACGAUUCAGAUGGGGAAGUUGAUGACAUGGACAUUGAUUAGGAUUGUAUUUUAUAGGAUGUAAUAUAGGAGUCUACUAU